AUGGCCCACAACCAGUCUGUGGAGUUGCCACCGUUGCCCCGGGCUCCGCCCCUGGGAGCGAUCCCGGCAUCGCAGUUCACCCGCAAACGUCUCAAGGUGUUACUCCAUCAGAUCACCGGCGAACUCAAGCUGAGGGGGACGAAAACGCCUCACAUUUUCUUACCGUUUCGGCUGAGGAUCGACGACAGCAAGCUUGACAGUUUCUUGCGCAAAUGCUUCCCUGACGGCGAAGUGGCCGGCGAAAACGACAUCAUCGCCGCCGUGCGCAAAGCCGACGAGUUUACGUUGAUCUGUGCCCUCAAAUACCUCUGGUGCCGUCUCCCCAACGCUGAGGUUAUUGGCUGGGACGUGUACUUGGAGUACCGCCGUAAGGAGAAGGACGCCGGCUACCCUAAAGAUGCUUUUCUUACCAUCAUGCCCAAAUGCCUUCUGCUGCCGGCCCACGCGCUGAUCGUGUACGAUUUCUUGGAUUUGCUUAUUGGCAUAGCCCUGAACUCGCAGUAUAAUUACCUUUCGGGGCGAAAGAUCGCCAAGAUGCUGUCGCUUUGGGCGUUUAAUGCUCCCAGUAGUGCCGCUGCUUCCGAGCUGGCGUUCUACGAUGCUACUGUAACACGCGAGUAUAACUUCAUCCAAGGGCUCGAAGUGUGGAAAACCACUCUGGAUGCGUUAUUCCAUCUCCUAUUACUGUUCUUACGAGCGAUGCUUCCUGAUAACGAUAUGGACACUUUGAAGCUUCCCAAGACGCUCCAGUCGCUUCUCAUCACCAACCUGUACCCCCCAGCCAUGACCGACUCCAUCAAGCUGAUGAUCACUAUCCCCUGUGUCCUUAUAAAGCUGACUAAAGUGCUGUCUAAUCCUUACGAACUCAUAUCCAAAGUGCGACAUACAUUACUGUUUGAGAAGAAAAACUCAUUUCUUUCCAUUGAGAACUAUACCAUCUUAAAAAACAUAUUCCAAAAGGGUCUGACUCUGGAGAUCAUCAGCACAUUGACGGAAGAGCUGCGACGAGUGUUAACGCGAAUAACCAAAGACCCCAUCCAACUGAAAUACCAAUUAUACCCCGGGUGGACGUCUCAGGUACCGGAAACCGAUCCCGAUAUCCCCUUGUACUCGCAAAUCACUAUUCACGACGUCACCCUCCAAGACUACUAUAUUUGGACAUGGCUCCUGACACUUGGGCUGGACCAAACAUCACGCAUGAAGAGUCUUUUCGGCCGGUCAUUGGUGGUGGAAGCAGGCCUAAAGGGGUUCCAAAAAUGGUUGAUCAUCUCUGAGGAGACGAUGACCACCGACGAAUACUUGCUGAUAUUUAAAACUAAGCCGCCAAAGGAGGAGCCGCGACAGCAGCAGCAACAGGUACAGGAUAAAAACGACUCUCGUCGCCAACCGUCGCGAAGUCGGGUAAGCAAAAAGUAUAUUCAGUCGAAGGAGGUACCCCCUCUUCCUGAUACCGCUCCGGCGAUUCCUCAGCCGAAGACUCAGCUGAUGUCACCGGAACUAGAGGCGGUACGCAUGGCGAUUGAAGACUACGAUUUCAUGCUGGAAAACGAGGACAUAUCGCUGGAUUACAAGACCUACCUCCAGUCAUUACUGGACUUUAAUGAGGACGACGUGGCUCUGAGUGUGGAAAAUAAGCUGUAUUUUAGCCGCCAGCUGCCAUCUGCCACUACCCAGAGGCCGCAAAAUGCUCUGUCACUGCUGGUAGAUGACAAACCGUCGGCACCCGUGGUAUCAAAUGGAGGAAAGCUUUCUCCACCAAAGCUGCGACCAGUCAAAGAUACCUCAUCACGCGACUACCCUCACAAGCAAGCUACCCCUUAUAAUGACCUUUACGAGGACUUCAAUGAGCCACAAAAGUCACACAAGCCUCAGCGACUCCCACUGGAGCCAUUUGAACGCUACCAGAUUGAUCCUCCUAAACCUAGAGAAGAUACCCGUCGCCCGAUUAAACCGGUGGAGGAGAUUCGUGAAUUGAUGGAGCGAGAUGUUGAGGAGCAGCAGCAGCAGUUGACAGAACAACAAUUGCUACAGGAACAGCGCCAGCUUCAUGAACAGCGCCAUUUGCACGAGCAACGUCAACGCCAGCUGCCCAGUCGUCGCCCGCCCCCUCAAGGAAUCGCUCAAAACGAUCACUAUGAUAAUAACCAGCAUAAGCAGUGGCGGCGUCCGCCUGACCUUGCCCCGCCUCCCCAACAGGCGCUGCCGUUCCCCACCUCCAAGCCCGGAUCACCUCAGCUUCAGCCACAGCCACGCCAGAAACAACAACUGCCGGAUACCCAUAUGGACUUGUUUUCCCAUGCACAAAAGCGCAGUCUGUUUAUUGAAAUGGCGCCACAAAAGCUGGAUGAGCGCCGUCCUCAUCGUCGUCCAGCACCUAAUGGGCUUGGUGAGUACGAGCAGAUGUAUCCCCUGGGACAAGCACCUAUGGCAAACGAUUUGAAGGCACGUCAUCGUGCCGUGGUGGAGAAGGAUGAGCUUCCUCCACUUCCCGAAAAGCCUCGUCAUCACCGGCCUCCUCCUCAGGACUAUGAUCCGAACCGACCUCCCACACCACCGGAGAAGCCUCACGAUGAGCCUCAGCCGGAACUGAAACGGCCUACCCAAGUACCCUACGUGGAAAAGAUUCCUGCACCGGUACUUAGCCCGCCUCGCCAGCCACAACAACGUACGGGUAGUCCCAAAGAUUCUCAGGCUAAGCAGGCCGGUGGGUACCGUCAAGUCACUCCGAUAUCAGGCAAGAACGCCCACCCGCCUAAACCUAUACGAGCUCCUCAGCCAAAGAAACCGCUGACGGCUAAUUAUCAGGCGUUUGCCAAACCUCAAGUUGCACCGAUGGCAAUCCCCCAACCCAAGUCCAAGUCGCUGGCAGCUGCCGGUUCUCAUCCAUACGGUACUCCGCCUAAGGGGCAACAGUUUACCUAUGGUUUUGGGGGGAUGCCUCAGUAUUACUACGGACAGCAACCAGGCUAUCCUCCACAAAUGGGACACCCUAUGCAAAUGGGGAUGCCCGGGAUGCCUGGGAUGCCUGGGAUGUCUAUGCCGCAAGGAAUGCCGGGUAUGCCUCGAGGGUACGCUCCACCGUAUGGCUAUCCUCAGGGGAUGAUGCCUCAGCAACGGUACUACAUGCCUCCCCACGGCCACCACCCUGGCCUGCAUCACCAUGCUGCCGCCCAAGUUGCUCAGGCAUACAAUCAGCCUCCUCAAGGGUACGGCGAGCCGGUAGCCCCACCGCCUCAGCAGCAACAGCGUCAACACCCAAGCUCUCAUGAUGCGAUGAUGGCCCAGUUGCCGCAAGCAGGGAAGCAUAACAAGAACCAGGCGGCCGACAAGGCUCAAAUCAGAGCAGCGCUUAACGAUAUGGCCUAA